GUUGUGUAUACUCUGCAGUGACUUCGCAAAAGCGUGCUUCCUUCCAGAGCAGGGAGGCUGCUUGCAGCAAGCAGAGGGAUUUUGAAUGGUACCCCACACCCCAUGGAUUUGAUUUUAUUUUUACUGAAAGGGUGGAAGGUGGGGAAAGGAAAGGGAUUGCUCUUUCCCAAAGCUUUGGAUCUUCUUGUGAUUUUCUUGCAAGGCUUGCUUUGCCCAUCGCUUGUGAUGAUGGAUGGAUGAAUGAAUGAAUGGGAUUCCAGGAUCUCCCAUCAUCUGGAAGGAGAGAGGCAAGCCAGGCAGGCUCUUAAGACUGAAAGGAAAAGGAAAAGGAGAAGAAGGAGAUCCAGACACAAUCUGUGAGAUCAUUGCUGCAGAGAGAAGAGACAGAGAUCUGGGCGGAUUCCCCAGCCUUUGGCGCUGCACCAAAUAUAUAAAUAAAUAUAUAUACACACACAUCUCUAGAUCCAGGCUGCAUGACCAUUGCAAAGAUGUCAUGGUACCCUCAGUAUCGCAGUUCCAAAUUCCGCCAUGUUUAUGGAAAGGCAGCCAGCAAGGAGAACUGCUAUGAUUGUGUACCUAUCACCCAGAGUGUCCAUGACAACCACUUUUGUGCUGUGAACCCACAUUUCAUUGCUGUUGUGACAGAAUGCGCAGGUGGAGGAGCCUUUCUGGUAAUACCAAUCAGUCAAACAGGAAAACUUGACCCACAUUACCCUCGAAUCUGUGGGCACAAGGGAAAUGUUUUAGACAUAAAGUGGAAUCCUUUUGAUGACUUUGUAAUAGCUUCAUGCUCCGAAGAUGCUACUGUUAAAAUCUGGAACAUUCCUCAGCACUUACUCACAACAAGCAUCACAGAGGCACGGAAGGAGCUUCUUGGUCAUUCACGAAGGGUGGGGCUCAUUGAGUGGCAUCCCACAGCAAGUAACAUCCUUUUCAGCACUGGAUAUGAUUAUAAAAUCAUGAUCUGGAACCUUGACACCAAAGAGUCUGUCAUUCAGGCCCCUGUGAAGACAAUCAGCUUCCACACAGAUGUGAUCCUCUCCAUGUCAUUCAACACAGAAGGCAGCCUCUUAGCCACAGCUUGUCGGGAUCGGAAAAUAAGGAUCAUUGACCCUCGAGCGGGAACUCUGCUGCAGGAAGCAAACAACAAGUCUCACAGAGUGAAUAAAGUUUUGUUUCUAGGAAACAUGAAAAAACUGCUCUCCACGGGGACCUCCAGGUGGAAUAACAGGCAAAUUGCACUAUGGGAUCAGGGUGAUCUUUCUGUGCCUUUAUUCGAGGAGGAUGUGGACGGCUCAUCGGGUCUCUUGUUUCCUUUCUAUGAUUCAGACACUAACAUGCUUUAUGUCCUGGGCAAGGGAGAUGGGAAUAUCAGAUACUAUGAGAUAAGUUCGGAGAAGCCAUACCUAAAUUACCUGAUGGAAUACCGCUCUCCUUUGCCCCAAAAAGGAAUUGGUAUCAUGCCAAAGAGGGGUUUGGAUGUCUCAUCCUGCGAGAUCUUCCGAUUCUAUAAACUGAUACCAGUCAAAUGCCUGAUUGAGCCAGUUUCUAUGAUUGUGCCUCGGCGGUCUGAAACAUACCAGGAAGACAUCUAUCCGAUGACAGCUGGAGUUCAGCCAGCGCUGACAGCACAGGAGUGGCUAAGUGGUGCUAAUAAAGGUCCUGUCUUGAUGUCUCUCAGGCCAGGCUCUGUAAUCUUUAACUCUUUACCACCAUUUCCUGAGAAAGAGCCAUCCUUCGAAGGAACAGAGCCUGUCCAGUACCAGGGCAGAAUAGCUGACCCCAAGUCAAGCAGAAUCCAAGAAAAAUGGGGUUACUGGAAAUCCGAGGAAAAGAGAAAGGAAGACAAGCCAGUGGGGUUAUCUAAUGGCUUCGAUGUAUUUGAGUGCCCUCCGCCCAAGACAGAAAACGAGCUGCUGCAGAUGUUUUACCGACAGCAGGAAGAAAUCCGGAGGCUCCGUGAAGUGCUGAUCCAGCGGGAUGUCCAGAUCAAACAACUGGAGUUGGAGAUCAAAAACCUUCACAUGGAUUCGGGCCGGUUCUGACAGGAUGCCCUCUGGCUGCCUUCCCACAAGCUGGAGGCCACUGGGGCUCUUUCUAGUGCUUUGUUUACCAAUCACCUUCUUUGCAAGGAACUCCUCAUUUAAAAGUGAUCCCAGAUUCAUUCUGAGUUGGAGAACUCUCAAGGGGAAGACCAAGGCCAGCAACCUACUUGUACCUCCUUGUUCCUGGUGCUUGAGGUGCAAGACGUCCUUCAUGUUCCAACUUCAGUGCCCAAUUGUGGUUGGCAGUGUCUGGGGUCUACAAGGCUGCCUGCUCCACUGAACUGGCUGCGGGAGGAAGACAAAGCCACCAGGAGCAACUCAGGACUUUCUCCUGUUUCCUUCCAGACUUGGCUGGAGGGGUGGCAUGAUUCUGAUUCAGCCUUGAGUUGUGUUUCUUGUUCCUUAGAGGUGAGGGUGGGUGGGAUGUGUCACCUUCCUUUUAACAGUUUUCCUUUGGGAGAAGAACAGUUCUGUCCAAGAGGUAAGGAACAAAGAAACUGGAGUUGAUAAUCUGAAAAUGGGAAGUCAGGAAUGUGUACUUCUAAGGGGGGAACUAAAAUCAAACAGCCGGGAUUCUGAAAUAAAUGCUUACCAGUUGAGCAUUCAGAAUUGGAUAAUAGCCCAGCUCUGUUGAAGUGGAGCAAGUCACAAUGAGAGGGGAGUCUGUAACUCCAGUCCAUACACACCCCUCUUCUCAUUUCAACCACAAAUGUUGUAAAUGUUGCUAGGGAUCACUUCAUGCCUUAAAUCAACUGUGGAGAUUGAUCACCAGUUCUCUGAGAUGGCUUCCUUCCCGUUGCCUCAAGCUUAGCCUUCCAGAUCACUGCUUCUCUCAGUGGCUCCGUAGGCUCUGCCAAAACUAGUGUGGGACAUUGCGGUAUCGAGAAAAAAACUAAACCAACUUUCAGGUAAUCCUGAUCAUCCUCCAGCCGUCUCUGUUUUGCUAGGUUCACAGCCUCAGGUUCUGUGUUUCUUGCUUUCUAUCACUGCAAGAUCACAGUGUUCCUCCUUCCAAUGGUUUUGCAUCUUCUGCUUUGAGCGAGUAGCGAGUGCUUUGCCCAGCCUUCCCCUUUGUUCCUUUGCCUGCUCCUUUUCAUGCUUGUCUAUGCGAAGCACUGCCAUCCAAACAAUUAUCCUUGGCUAAUCUCAGGGUCGACUAUCUCAAAUGUCCGGAUAGUGAAGUCCUGGGGAGAGGGAGAGAGAUGUCUUUUGGAAUCUCAUGAGCAUAUUGUUACUUUUCUGCCUUUCCCCUGGACAUGCUGACAAGCAAAUAAAAGUAGUCACAUUCCCUUGACAACAACUGGCAGCUUGAAGAAAUACUGAUGUGAUGUCUCUCCAGGAAGAGAAC